ACUUUGAAAAAUACGAAACUAUUGAAGCUUUGCUGAAUCGCUGAAUCUGCAUCUUCAUCAUGACAGCUUUCGAAGAAAUGGGCGUCAUGUCCGAAAUUGGUCAGGCAGUGGAAGAAAUGGAUUGGACUUUACCGACAGAUGUACAGUCCGAAGCUAUACCCAUGAUCCUUGGUGGCGGUGAUGUUCUUAUGGCUGCUGAGACUGGAAGUGGUAAAACCGGAGCUUUCUGUCUCCCAAUAAUGCAGAUUGUGUAUGAAACCCUUAAGGACCAGGAAGAAGGAAAAGGAAGAAAGGUCUCCUCUAAAACUGCAGCAUCUGGGGGAAGUAACUGGAAGAUGAACAUGCACGACCGAGGAGAUGCUAUGGCCAUUGGUCCAGAAGGACUGUUAUGUCAGGCUCGGGAUCAACAGAAAUGGCAUGGAACACGCUCCAAUAAAGCCAUCACACAGCAAGGUCGCUACUACUUUGAGGCAACUGUCACAGAUGAGGGGCUGUGUCGUGUGGGAUGGGCGACCGACAAGGCCACACUAGACCUCGGCACAGACAAAUUCGGCUUUGGUUUCGGUGGAACAGGCAAGAAGUCCUGGGGCAGACAGUUUGACAGUUACGGAGAGCCUUACGGUAUGAACGAUACCGUCGGUUGUUACCUGGACAUAGACAACGCAGAAAUGCGCUGGUCCAAAAAUGGAGUGGACCUUGGUAAAGCCUACGAUAUUCCACCACACUUGAGAAGUGAGAAGUUUUAUGCUGCAGUCACUCUGAAGAAUGCUGAAAUGGAGUUCAACUUUGGUAAAACACCGUUCAAGUUCCCUCCAGGCAAGAAUUUCGUGGGUUUAGCCCAGGCCCCUUCGCAGUGUGUUGUACAGUCCAGGAUUUCCAGUGGUGUAGCGGUCAGUGCCAAGCCUGCCCCCAAUGCCCCCCAGGCCAUCAUCAUAGAGCCUUCAAGAGAACUUGCAGAGCAGACUUUCACACAGAUCCAGAAGUUUAAAGUCCAUCUGUCUAACCCAACCAUUAGGGAGCUACUGAUUAUUGGUGGUGUCAAUGUCAAGGACCAGUUGGACGUCCUGCAGAGGGGGGUGGAUAUCGUCGUGGGAACCCCUGGGAGACUGGAGGACCUCAUCUCAACAGGCAAGCUGCUGUUACACCAAGUCCGCUUCUUUGUCCUUGACGAAUGUGAUGGCCUUCUGUCUCAAGGGUACAGUGACCUCAUUAACAGACUACACCAGCAGAUUCCCAAGGUCACUAAUGACGGCAAACGUCUACAGAUGGUCGUCUGCUCGGCAACACUCCACUCGUUCGAUGUCAAGAAAAUGGCGGAGCGUCUGAUGUACUUCCCCACAUGGAUAGAUCUGAAAGGUCAGGACGCGGUGCCGGAGACUGUCCAUCACGUGGUGUGCAGGAUUGACCCAACACAGGACACAAGAUGGAAGAACCUACAGCGACACGUAGCCACUGACGGUGUCCAUCAAAACGACAACAUCUCCGCCAACGGAACAUCUCAAGAAACCUACUCGGAGGCUGUUAAGAAGCUGAAGGGAGAGUAUUUGAUAAAGGCGUUGGAGGAACACAAGAUGGACCAGGCCCUUAUCUUCUGUCGUACAAAACUUGACUGCGAUAACAUGGAGAAAUACCUCCUGCAGAAGGGAGGUCGUAAUUUCUCCUGUGUUUGCCUACACGGUGAUCGUAAACCACAAGAAAGAAAGGCCAAUUUACAGAAAUUUAAGGACAAGGGAGUUAAGUAUCUGAUAUGUACCGACGUAGCAGCAAGAGGCAUAGAUGUAGGCGGGCUACAAUGUGUGAUCAAUGUGACUCUUCCUGAUGAGAAACAGAACUACAUCCAUAGAAUUGGUCGUGUGGGUAGAGCCGAUAGGAUGGGACUCGCUAUCUCUUUUGUUUCCACUGUUAAAGAAAAGGUGUGGUACCACUCCAACUGUAAUAACCGUGGAAGAGGCUGUUACAACACAAGUCUUACUGACCACGGUGGCUGCUGUGUCUGGUACGACGAGCCCAAGCUCUUGCUGGACAUCCAAGAACACCUGGACAUCACCAUAGAAACAGUUGAGCCUGACCUCAAGGUCCCCAUUAACGAGUUUGAUGGAAAAGUUAUUUAUGGCAACAAGAGGAAAAAUGCAGGGAGCUCUUAUCAAGGACACGUGGAUUCACUGGCCCCGGCAGUCAAGGAGCUCGCUGACCUCGAGAAACGGGCACAGACGUCAUUCAUUGACCUCAAAAAUAACAAACGGUUCAUGACACGAUGAUAUGAAGAACAGUCUAAAUGAUGGAACAGUUCAUCAUGUGAAAGAUUUGGAGUAGAUCUUUGCUCUCACAGUGUUAGGGUUAUCGGAGGCCAGAUAACGAACUUGAGAUUACCCGCGACGUAGAGUUCUAGUAAAUGACAGUGCUUCUGUUUUGUUUUAUUUGAAGAAGUAUCAUUUAAAUGUACGGGUUUGUGUUAAAGUAGAAAAUGUUAAGAAAUAUCUUAAUUUUGAAAUAAAAUUUUGGCAAAAAUUAUUGAAAUAAAAAUGCUUGUCAUUAAGGGCCCCUAUCCUCCAAAAAAUGUUCCUUUGUUUAAGGGAUAAUGAUAAUGACCCAUUGGGAGGCAACAUUGAUAACAAGAUGGUGAAGAGCAAGUCUACUGGAUUAAGUACACUGUAGAAAUAUUUUAUCCUUUAUUUGGUAAAUAUAGUGGUUUUGGGGAUCCCUUCUUACAACCAAAUAUUGCAAAGUAGUGCGCAAAUCAUGACCGGUCUUAUGUUUUCUCCUGUAGCUAUUGGUCACCACCUUUAUUUGCAUACUAUAUUGAUUUGUGUUCCCUUUUUUUCAUUUUUCAGGAUUCUAAGCACUAAAUAAAGAAAUGUUUCCAUAAAAUUUGUACAAGAUUUAUCAGUUAGGAGUGAAAAGCUUUCGAUAAAUGUGUUUUAGCAAAAUUUGAAACAUGUAAAAAUGUUACAUGUACUCAUCCAAUGCAAUUAUUUCUAUUUCUAUCUCCCUGUUUUAAUGUAGGUUAUAUGAUGCACUACAUUGAGAUGUAUUCAUUUUAAAUAGAAUAGAUAUACAUACAUACAGGUAUGGGAGUAAACAAUAUACUAACAGGUGUGGAAAUAAUUUACUUCUGUCCAACAGAAAUGUUACCUUAGAUUGUUGAAUCUGCAACAUUGGGACAAAAUGUAAUGUAAAUUGAGAAAUCCCCCCCCCC